CGUCUCAGGGUCGACCAUCUGCUGCCGAGCGCCGGAGCGUGCGGGUCAGGACGCCACCCCGUCCUGGACGCGGACCUCCUCGACGUGGGCGCCUGGCGUGCUGUGCAAAGUCGCCCUGCGCCUCGGUCGGCCCCGCGACCUGGCCGCGGAGUGGGACUUCCACUCGGCUACGUUGCGCCCCCUGGACUGGCGGGCCCACUCCUGCUAGAGAGCGAGAGCGCUGGCGGGGCGCGAGCAGCACGGAGCGGAGUGAAUGAGCGAAUGUUGUGGCGCGUCCAGCAGAAGAUUCCGUCUGGCCUGAAAUGAACGCCUAGGUCGCAGCUGACAAUGUGUCGGGCCUAAUUCCAGCUGGUGGGCGUCAUGUCGAACGGAAAGUGACUCUCGCGCAGGUCCGGGACAAACUGAAAUCUGUGCCUGUGCUCCCCAAGUGCUUGUUAUUGUCAAGGAAUAUCGCCUUGACCUCAGCCAACUUCUCAUCUGUGACAUGACAUGGAUUUUUACGACCGAGUUUCCAGUCCUCGAGAGACAAGGUCACAGCCAAUCUUUCUUACUCACUUCUAAUGGAAGUGAUAAUUGAGUAAACUUUCUGAGAGUGGUAACGGGUCAGGCUGAAAUUCCCCAGCUGGCUAUCUUUCCGCAAAAUGGCGUCAGGCCUGCGGCAUAUAGCAACAGAACCAGGAAACUUAAAUCACCGAUUAGAAGUUCCUAAUAGUGGAGCUGGCUCCAGCGGUACAACUAUGUCUGGUCUAACACCUGACGGUUCUGUGCCCAAUUCCAAUAGUAAUGUAGGCAACAGCCAUGGGCAUAGUUAUCUCAAGAGAAGUCCUUUACUUCGUAACAAAAAGAAAUCUGUUGCUGGCACUGCAUCUGAUUCAGAUGGUAGUGUUGAUAGCAACAGCCUUUCGGCCGAUUCCAAUGCUGAAGUUGCAUAUAAGCAUUCUCCAAAAGGUGUGCCUGUUGUUCAAGCAAAGAAAAUUCGGCAAAGAAGAGGAUCUGAGUGGGAAAUCCUAGAAGGUCUAAAAGAUGGUCAAAGAUUUGACAGAAAACCGCCAGUGUUCACUGGAUACCUUCACAAAAAACGUAAAUGGCCAUUGAAAGGUUGGCACAAGAGGUAUUUUCUAGUAGACAAAGGCAUCUUAAUUUAUGCCAAAAGUCCUGUAGCUGUGGCCAGAGGGAAGCUUCAUGGGUCUGUUGACAUUGGUCUUUCUGUGAUUUCCACUAAAAGCAAGCGUAGAAGACUAGACAUUGAUGCUGAGGAGUUUAUUUAUCACUUAAAGGCAAAAACUCAUGAAACCUUUGUGAAGUGGGUAGAUCAGCUUAAGGUUCACCGCCUUUAUCGCCAGCAUGUCUUAACCUUUGGCUCAAGCUCUAGAGAAGGGACACUCACAUUUGCUGCAGGACAUAGCAGUCCAGCUCAACCAAAAAUUCCACUGACCCCUCCAGAAAGAGAAGCUCGGGAUGGCUCUUUACCACGGGGAGUUAAGUUAUGCUCUUCUCCACCAUCCAAUGUCCUACUUCCAGGCUCUUCUGGAAGGAUUUCAAACUGGGUUGUUGAUGCUCAGUCAACUUUGGAAUCACUAAGUCGUGAAUUGUCUCAAGCUGGUCAGACAAUCACACAGCUUAAUAGAAUUUUGGAACAGAUUGAAACCAUACCUACCUUAGAUGUUGAGCCAAUACCUGUUGAGGGAUCUUCACCUAAUGUUAAGAAAGACCGCAAGAAAUUUGGACUCCGUAAAAAGAAGAGCUCCAAGGGUAGUUCAAUGGAUCUUUCAGCUGUUGGUUUUAGUCCUAGCAAAAGUAAUAUUGAAUCAGAGUCAGCAUCCCCCCUGUCUACUGGCUCCUUCUCUGGGCUGUCAACUUCACCUGGUGGCCUAAUGGCACAGAAUCGACUGAGUAGUAGCAACUCAUCGCUCACAAUUGCAACACAGGGAAUGGCAAAUUCUUUGAAUGCCAAUGUAGCCACAAGGCCACAGAGCUUGCCUGGGGCUGAGCACCUUCUGCCUCUUGCUUCAUUGCCUUGUGACAACAAUCGCCUUUCUUCAUUUACCCCAGACAAUCACUUAAGAGAAGAUUUUGUUAUUUUAGCUAAAGAUGUUCAAAAUAUUCUGUCCAAUGUACUUUCUACCCUGAGUACUGAAAGGGAUCGUUUGAAGGUGGCAUUGGAGUUUGAUAACUCAACAUUAAGUGGAGUUGGUCUUAAUACCAGCUCUGUUGGAGGCCUCUCAGCCUUGCCUGGUCUCCGUGCAUCACUUAAUCAAGCACUGCAACAAAAUCAAGAUUUACGUACUCGUCUAGCUCGGAUUCACGAAGCAGCUGAUUUGAGUGAUGUUUCUGCUCCUCCCAAGCCCAUUCAUGCAUCGUUGUCAUAUAGUUCAUCUUGUGUUAGUGCCUCAGAAUUCUUUGAUGCUGAGGAACAUCAUGAAAAUAGUGUUGCAUCUCCAACUGAGGAAAGAGUGGGAGACAUAAGUGGAAUUGUUCAAAGAUCUGAGGGUGAGAAUGAGAAUGAACUAGAUGGUGAACCAGGCGCCAUAAGUGAUACAUCAUCAGAAGCAGGAAGUCUAACAAGUGAAGAGGGAAGUGCAUCAAGUGAAAACAGUGAAAUGGCAACAGAAGAAUUCAAUGCUGUUGAAAAUGCUGGAGGAGGGGAGUCUCUAUGUCUAACUGGACGUCGAACUAAGUUGCCAGCCCCUCGUCCUGAUUCUGAAGGACUCUCUUUAUGGAAUUUACUUUGUAAAAAUAUUGGCAAAGAUCUUUCCCAAAUUUCUAUGCCAGUUGCACUAAAUGAACCAUUAAAUAUGCUGCAGAGGCUGUGUGAAGAACUAGAGUACAGUGAGCUUCUUGAUAAAGCUGCUGAGAUAAAUGAUCCUCUUGAGCGUAUGGUGUGUAUAGCUGCAUUUACUGUGUCAAGCUAUGGCUCUUCAUACUUCAGAGCUGGCUCCAAACCAUUUAAUCCAUUGCUUGGAGAAACUUAUGAGUGUGUUCGGGAGGAUAAGGGCUUCCGUUUUAUUGCUGAACAAGUAAGUCAUCACCCACCCAUUAGUGUAUGCUACGCAGAAUCUCGCAAUUAUAUUUUCUGGCAAGAUGCAAGAAUCAAGACCAAAUUCUGGGGAAAGUCAAUGGAAUUUCAGCCUACAGGUGUUGUGAAUCUUCAGUUACCAAGAACUGGAGAUGUGUACCAAUGGAAUAAAGUGACAACUUGUGUCCACAAUUUAUUCAGUGGUCAACGAUGGGUUGAUCAGUAUGGAGAGCUACGCAUUACUUGUAACUCAGGCAUCAGCUGUAAACUCACUUUUGCUAAGGCAAGUUAUUGGUCUGCAAAAAGGCACGAAGUCUAUGGACAAGUUUAUGAUGAGAAUGGGAAGGAAGUUCGUAAACUGUUUGGUAAAUGGAGUGAGGCAUUGUAUUGUGGAGUUGCACCAGCUGCCAAAUGCAUUUGGAGGAGAGGUACUAUGCCAGAUGAUUACGAAAGAUACUACGGUUUUACACGGUUUGCCAUUGAGCUGAACGAACUAGAUCCAGAAAUGGCAAAGUAUUUACCUUGCACUGACACUCGCUUCCGCAAAGACCAGAGAAUGUUAGAGGAAGGUAAUCUGGAUGCUGCUGAACAAAUCAAAAUGGAUCUAGAACAAGCUCAACGAGAGAGGCGUAAAACAAUGGAGCUUGAAGGUGUAAAGCAUGAGCCGCGCUGGUUCACGAGGAAAACCCUCAGCAAUGGCGAAGAAAUUUGGGAAAAUAAUCACAAAUAUUGGGAGUGCCGCAAGUCACCUGGAUUCAUGAACAUGGGAAUUACACCCCUGUGGUAGUUCUAUUAAAUCAAGUCAAUUUUCUUGCUUGCUAUUUUCAAUUCAUAGCCUUGGCCUUGAUCCCAUCAUGCUAUUUCAAUGCUAUGGCGUUCUAUAAAUUUUCAUGCUGAGAUCGUAGGGCAAUUUUCAGUACCUGCUUGCAUUUUUUAUCCAUCUGAAAUUUGACCCAAUAUCUAAACCAAUGAAGUUCUGCAUUUGAUGCUGAAGGAAAAAUCUUGUGUAUAAAUGUUUGUGAAAACAAUACUUUUCUAUUUUACUGCUUUAAUUUAUUGACUUGUGGAUUGCCUCCUGUUCUAAAUUUUUUAGAUCUACCUCUUGGUUUAGGAAAGAAGUGAGAAAUUUUGUUUUUCUUGUUGUCCCGUAUAGUUUACCUAAACGUUCAACUCUGCAGUUGUAUGGUUAUGACACAAGUGAAUUUUCUUUUGAGUAUUCCAUGCAUGAAUAACACAGCUGUAGUAAAGUUUGUAUCUUUAAACACUGUUUAACAGUAUUCAACUCUCAUCUACUUAUGAUUUACUGAUUUGAUCGUUGGUUACCUUCUUGCUUGUGGUCUCAUUUGGUCAUUGCUUGUCUUUGUACACUAGCACUCUCAUUCUCCUUGUUGUUUAACUGUUUCAAAAACAAUUCCCAAUUUCAUUACCCUGUCAGGUAUCAAAUUUGCAAUGAAGUGGCUUUUGAAGAGGUGUGUGUCAAUAUGCAUCGUAAACAUUCAUCUUUUGUGUCAUUUUAGAAAUCUUUUAAUCUACAGAAGUUUGUUUGAUUUAUAAACAAUGGUCUAUUAGGGCUUCUUAUAAACUUGAAUUUCAUGAAAAUGAUGUGGUAUGAUAUGAUUCAUUUGAUGAUUCUCAUGCUGGACGUAGAGAAUUGCAGUUGUAGAUAAAAUUGACAUUUUGUUAAAAAAAAAAAAGAAAAUGAACUUUUAGAACUGUGAUAUUGGGAGCUAAGAUGUACAACGAUCUUGCUGAUUCUCAAGAUUGUGUAGGUUGAUUAUGAAGUAAUGGCUUCCUGUAAGAAGAGCCACUUUCAGUCAACUGAAUUUGUAGUCCUAAAAACUCCCAGACUCUGGACUGUAAUUUUUUUAUAACACCCUCUUUAAGUUUUUGAUGCAGGGUGGCUGCUAGGGUAAAGUGCCUGUCCUAAAGUCAAGUAGAGGCUUAGCUGUUAUGUUAUCUAUUAAAAUGUUUAGCUUUUCCAUAUUUUUCAGUUAGUAUGUGUUUGUGUUCUUGUUUCCCUUUUGGUUUUACCGUGUUAAAUCUGCAACAAUUGGUGCUGAUUAUGUUGAAAUUUUUAUAAGUGAAGGUACUCAUAUUUGAGGUCUAUUUUGUUUUUUGUUUUUUUAGUUAAAUCAAUUAUAUAAGAAAUCUCAGGGUAGCAUGAUAAGGAAAACAAACCUGCUCAAAUUUAAGUCAUUGGUUAUGUGCUUCUAUGUAGAGAAUAACUCAAUGAUUACUGGGAUUAUUUUAGUAGGAAUUGCCUUAAAUUAUAAAUUGUGCCUAAUACUGGUCUUCCUGAUGAGCUAGUACCAUUGGGUACAGUGGUUCUUUACUGAAGCAUGUAUUCCAUUUAUUUUGAUGCACUUCUUAGUUGAUUCAUGUGCAAUACAGUAUGUGUUUUCAAGAGAGCAUAGCAUCUUCAUUUAUCUCUGCAAGCAGGCUCUUGCAAUUUGUGUCAUGAAUUGUUUCCAAAUAAUUAUAUACGCUUCACCUUGCUUUUUAAACAAUUCAGAAUGAUUUGAAAACUUUGUGAUGUGUUAUGUAUGGUAGACCUAAGUCUGGUGUGAUUGUUUGCUUAUAAAUUAUUGGAAUAUUUGCUCACAUGUUUCAUCAGAGUAGUUCAUACAUUUGUUGUUUCAGGCUUCUCUUAAUUUUGGUGUGUGUGUCACUCCACAAAAUCCUUUUCAUGUCAGGGGAAACAGGUGAUGCAGUGUUUUUGGCCACAUCAAUUGCCAUUAUUUAUUGCCAUUCUUUGUGUCAUCUUUUUGUGUCUUUCUUUUUGUCUUCAGGACUUUUACUGUAAGUAAAAUGAGGAGUGGAAUAGUACUAUAUCCCAGAUGUAAUCUUACUUAAACUUGAAUUUCUUAUUGAAAUUUUUAGUCAUGAUAAAAUUAUGUAAAGCAACGAACUUGUCCCUGUAGCCUCAAAGGCAGUGUUCCUCUCCAAUAUAAACUGACAUUUAGUUUGUGUUAAAUAGUUUCUAUUGACGUACUUUGCUUGAAUAUAUUGAUCUGCCUUUAGCUGUUAACCAGUCCAAACAAGCCGGCCAUUGCAAUCAAAUGUAAAUGUUGCACAUUCCAUUUUGGUGCAAGUGCUUUUUUGUUUUGUGUUGUUUUGUUUUUCAUGUGUUUUUGUUAUUUAUGAAGUAAGUUUGGAGUAUUUCAUCAUCAAGUUUAGUUGGCAGUUAUUCUCUACUGCAUUUUCCUAAUUUAUCAAUUUUUUAUUGGUGCUUUGUAUUUUUUUCUUCUUAUGUUAGGGUAGCGUCAUUAUAGCUCUUAUUAUUAUUCACGCCUUACUCAGCUGUCCUUUCUCACCUAAAUAUGUAUCGUUUUGCUUUCUGCAAACCAUUUUAAAAGACAAAUUUUAGAAUACAUUCAAUUUCUCUAAGUGAACAUUCAAACUACAUAUUCCUAUAACUUUCUUUGAAUCACUUGUUGUCACAUUGACACUUGUCCUGUUACAUUUUGAGUGUUAUUGUGUUACAUUACAAAUGAGGUAGAAAUCUUGUCCACUACAUGUACUGUAUAAAAUAAUUCUACCCUUAAACACAUAAGCAUGAUGAUUUUAUCUUUUCAUUUUCAUUCAAUUUGUCUUCCAUGUAUAACAAGCUUGGCAAGUUGGGGGCGCUGCCCUUAUUUGUGAUUUCCAUUUUAUAUUUUGAGCAUUAUUGAAGAUUGUUCUUUAGAGUUGUAUCCAUGAAAGCUUAUCUUUUUAAUGUUUAAAACUUGCGAAUUUUUCUCUCCUAUCAAGUAAAUUUUAUGCUUUAAGUGGUCUGAUUUAAAGUUCAGAUUUGAAUUUGAACUCUCAAGCUACCGUAUCCUUUUCUAUUUCAAAAUUUAUCUAACUUCAAAGUUGUCAAUGUAGUUUGGUUUUGUUUAUUUGGUCUUCUCUAAGAUUUUGCAAGUGUUUACAAUUUCUCAUUGAUUUUAUUAGUUGCUGUGAUAACCGUAAAUAAUGGUUCUACCUCCGUGUUUUCAAAGUAGUCAAACCUAACUUUCACUUCAUAUGUUGAAUUAUCACUGGGUCAGAAAAGUUAUCUUUUCACAGGUACUGUACUUCGGAUGAUAUGUUUGAUUCACCUACAAGACUAUUUUUUUUUCUUUCAGAAAUUUUGGAUUUUCAUGAAUGUUCAAGAUUCCACAGUAUGAACUUGUGUUUUCUUGUUUUCUUCUAUCAUGUGUGAGAAAAGUAAGUUUUCUUUUUGUAUUGUCUGUGGGUUGUCAAUCUUUGCAAUCUUUGUUGGUUUUUGUCUGUACUCAAUUUGGGUGUGCGGCCAGGUUGUGCUUGGCUUGCAGUUCUUAAUUAUAUCAAACUAUCGGCACUCAUAAAGAUCAACUUUUUAUUCUUUCUGCAACUUAUGAUGCUUACUAGGUUAAUUUCCCCCGCAACAAUGUGAAUUCAUUUUUCUUUUGCUUUUGCAUGCCCGUUUGUCCAUUUGCUCUGACCCUAUUCUAUUCAUUUUGACCGAUCCUGUUUCAUGAAAUGUGCAUCAGUUAAUGACUUUUGUACAGUAUACUGUACUGCGAAGCAAAGCUUUCAUACAUCAUCAUAUAUGCAUUGAAGUCUCUUUCUACUUUUGUUUUGACAAAUUAUUAAAACAUUGUUAAUUUUAUUAAUAUUUUGCCAAUUCUAUUUAAUGCUAAAUGUUAAAGCUUAACAUUUGAGAACAUGAGUAUUUGGUUGGUGGAUACUAGGACAUUCAACUGUGCAAUUUUUCAUAUAAACUCGGAGAUAUAUUUCCAAAUCAGCUGGAAAGUAUCACUGUUAAUAACUUCGGGUUGAGUUGAAUGUUCAUCACAUGUCAACAUUGUGAUGUUAUUGUGAUCGUAAGUUAACUUAUCUUUUAAAUAUGAAUUUGACUUGGGUAAUUUGUAUCCACUGUGUUAAGAUUGUCAAUUCUUUGAUAAACUGUAGAGUAUACUAUUCACCUAUUUUAAAUAAUUUCACCCAAUGUAACAUUAAAAUUUAUUGUAUGUAUUACAAAAACAACAACAAUAAAUAUCUGCAUGAUAGAGGAGAAAUGUCAUUCCUAAGUUCUGAAUGUGAUUUCUACGUACAUGCAAUAGAUUUUUGUGGGGUAUCAGAAGGUGUCAUGACAUCACAUUAGUAGUACAAAUGUUGUGCUGUAUCAGUUGGUUACCAGGAAUUAUUUUCUUGUUUGAUUUUAUGUGGUCAGAUGUUGAUGCCCUUUAGGCAUAAGACAAUUUUGAGGAUCCAUUUUUGCUGAUUAGCACAUUGAAUCCUGUUGACUAUUAUGUUCAAAAAUUUCAAAUAGGAAGCAGUGUAGAAGUCAUACAAGCAAGAGUAAUUUAUGAAUUUGAGUCUGAUUUCAUGACAGUUCUGUUCACUUUGUUGUACUCAUGAAAUAAAUAACUACUUGCAACAUA